CAUGACUUUUUUGAGAUAGCGGAUAUGGUUGGUCCGCCAUAAUCGUGUGGGUCUGUGCUUGUGUGGUUGGGGUGUAUUGCCGGUGCCAACCAUUAUUUUUAAUUAGUAGUAAGUUAUGCGUAUGAAUCCAGACAUGGACGAUGAUGAGAAGGGAAAACUGUUCGUGGGCGGGCUAUCAUGGGAGACGUCGCAGGAGAACCUGCAGCGCUACUUCUCGCGCUACGGCGACGUGAUCGACUGCGUGGUGAUGAAGAACAGCGAGUCGGGCCGCUCCAGGGGCUUCGGCUUCGUCACCUUCGCGGAGCCGUCGCUGGUCAACGUGGUGCUGCAGAACGGGCCGCACCAGCUGGAUGGAAGGACCAUCGACCCGAAGCCGUGCAACCCUCGCACCCUGCAGAAGCCGAAGCGCGGCGGCGGCUACCCCAAGGUGUUCCUCGGCGGCCUGCCCUCCAACAUCACGGAGACCGACUUGCGCGUGUUCUUCGGCCGCUACGGCAAGGUCAUGGAGGUCGUCAUCAUGUACGACCAGGAGAAGAAGAAGUCCAGAGGCUUCGGAUUCCUGUCGUUCGAGGAGGAGAUGUCCGUUGAGAGGGUCACCCAGGAGCACUUCAUCAACCUCAACGGGAAGCAGGUGGAGAUAAAGCGCGCGGAGCCGCGCGACGGGUCGGGCAAGCUGGGGUCGGGCGGCAUGGGCGGCGGCAUGAGCGCGCCCGGCGACGCGCCCGCCGCCGGCCAGUGGGGCCCGCCCGCCGCCGCGCCCAUCAACAUGAUGCAGGGCCACAACGGCCAGAUGGGCGGCCCGCCCAUCAACAUGCCCAUGGCCGGCCCCAACAUCAUGCAGGGGUACCAAGGCUGGGGCACGUCGCCGGGGCAGACGUCGUACGCGGGCUACGGCGCGGCGGGCGGCGCGGCGGGCCCGGGCUCCUACCAGGGCUGGGGCGCGCCGCCGCAGCAGGCGCCGCCGCACGCGCCCGCCUGGCCCGCCAACAACAACUACUCGCAGCACACGCAGCCGCCCGCGCAGGGCUACGGCAGCUACGGUUCGUACGUGCCGCUGUCGGAGGGCGGCGAGAUGUACGGGCGCUCGGGCGGCGGCGGCGCGCCCGCGCUCACCGGCGCGCUCUCCUCCGCCGCCGCGCUCUCCAAGUCCUCCUCGGCCGACUACUCCUCCUACCAGCAGUACCCGCCCGCCUACCAGCAGGACCAGGGCUCCUCGUACGGCGGCUCGGCGCGCGCCUACAGCUCCGAGUACCACGCGUCCGCGCCGCCGCCCGCGCAGCAGCCAGGUGUGCACCACCCGCACCACGCGCCCAAACACUUCAACCAAGAGUUUAACAAGGAGUGGCCGGCCGCGUAGGCCGCUCCACCCCUCACUAUACCACACCCCACACCACACUCACUCACUCACUCCUCCACACCCCACAUCUCGGCAACGUUACAAAACGCGCGGUCCCUCUGACACCUCCGAUACUGCUCUUAAAGUUAACUAUGCGACCAAGUACGCCCGCGACAUGUUAGAUGUAAAAUGAAAUAUUGUAGUUUAACGGUUCGAUAUAUGUAGAGUUAAUUUUUAUACAAUACUCGAGCUCUCAAAAGUUUUUUGUAAAAGUCAAUUUUUUUCGAUACUAAAUUAAGUGAUAAUAUUUUACGAGCGAAUUAUCAAUAAAUUUAAAAGAGUAAGUUUACAUAUGCAACGUAAUCGAUAUCAGAACUCGUUGACUGUUGGAUGCGAGGCAUCGGAACUCGUAAUGCCGCUCGCGGCGACUUAAUUAUUGUUAUAGUUCGCUAUCGACUGCAUUAACACAAACCCACACGCGUAAGUAAGAACGUUAAUUUUAAUAAAUUUAACAUAGUCUAACAAACCUCAGGCUACUAUGUGUUAAACAUAAGCUUGUAUACUAAUGUCGUAAGAGUAUUGACGUUGCAAGUAUCCGCGCGACGCGCGACACGCGAAGGCCGCAAGCGACCUCCCUCGCAGACCCGACAGUGUAUAACUAUACACUUUUUUUACUUUGCUUUUAUUUUUUUGGAUACGGGAUUUCGUAAAGGGGACCUCCCCUUUACACUUUUUCAGAUUGUCGUUUAUUUUUUCGUAGUUCUUAAAUGAUUUCUUUUAAUAUUUGUGAGUAGAUUUGGUAGGAUCUCUAUCGGUCGCGGCCGCGCUCGCGCCGCGCCGACCGCAAGCGUGACGUUUGACAGACGCUCUUAUACAAGGCCAAUUUAGGGAAGUGACCUAAAACAACUUAACUUAAGCUAAUAACUGUGUAUAAAUAUGGUAUAUAUAUAUAUCGGUAUGUAUGUUUAAUAUUAGAAUUUUGGUUAUUUACCACCCACUAGACUUAGGAAACGGUAGGGAUGUAAUGAAAUAAUUAUGUGUUAAUAUUUAACAAAACAUAGUAUGACUGAACGUGAUUUUAAUAUUUAAUUUUUCCCGUUUUUUUGUAAAGGGAUCAAUUCUGUAUAAAUAUUCGUAAUUUUAAUUCGUUUUCUAGUACGCAUUUUAGUUUUUUAACGCACUUUAAGUUGAUAAUACGGAUUUUAUAAUUUAAUGAAUUAAAUUUACCUGCCAAAUUGUUAAAAAUGAGCAAAAGUAAAUGAUAAUAUGACGUAUUUGUUAAGUGAUGACGCUCAAGCACUAGGAUAUAGCGGCCCGCCUCUCGUCCCCGCGCCUGUACAUAUACAUAUAUAUACUUACUUGUGUGUAAAGCAUAAUUUUAAUCAAGUCUCUCGUCACAUAGUUUUAAAGUUUUAAUUUAUGUGAUUGCCAAAUAUUUUUAAAAGUAUAUAGAGGCCCCGCCGGCCGCGUGGUUCGCGGUGGCCCCGUUCGCGGUACGGUCCGUCGCCGCUCGUCCGGCCGACGCGACGGUGCUCGCUGCACGCGGCUCGUCCCGUCCUCGGGCGAGGGCUGGCUCGUACCGAGAACGCGAGGCUCCGCGACCCGCGGUCGGCCGCGCGGUCGCCCCGCUCCACACAAAGUGAGUUAUAAUUUAAAAUAACAUUGUUAGAUUAAAUUUAAUGUUAGUCCUUUACUGUAUUAUAUCGCUCAAUCAUUUGACCGAUCGACUGAUUAAAAUUUUAGUGGUAAGCUAAGUAAUACGGAGCGGAGCGCGACCGCGGGGCGCCGGCUCCCGCACCUGUCGCACCAGCCACGCCUCGGCCGUCCCGACCACGGGCGGUCCUCGCGCCACUCGGCGGCGGAGCCCGAUAGGAUUUGUUAUAACUUUUAAAUAGACGAAUUGUUGAUGAUUACAAUGAAUGCAUAAUUUGAUCGUUUAGAAUAGGGUUAUGUAAGAUCGCUCCGUAAGUAAAUUAUAAUUUAUCUAUGAGAAGUAUUGUGAGAUGUAUAAGCAAAUUAUAAGUAAUGCGGCGCGACGAGGGGUGCGUAGUCCCAAAUUAACGGUAAAACAUAGUGAAAACGCCUUACAUUGUGAUGUUCAUAGGUAACUCGCAUAUUGGUACAUUCUUAUAGCUCUAUAUAGUACAUACUCGACUGACGCGAUCAGUAUGUAGCCAAUCGACUCGUACCUUAAUAACAAUAAUGAAAUAAUGUUAACUAAACGUCGGUGCCUAAACUGCCCACUAGGUUACGUAUAUAGUACGGCUUGGUAUUGUUUCGUUUGCUCUUGUUCCUACGUUAGUUAGAUUAUAAUUUGUGUUAUCCAUUCCUGUGACUGUCUCUCGUUUCGGUCGUACCUCCAGCUUUUACUCGCAUUUGUUGACGCUCGGCGCGGCGCGCGGGCGUGGCGCCCUACUGUACUCUGUACCGAUACCGAUACUGUAGGCUAAUGUACAACCACCGAUAUAAUACGAUAAAAUUGUUCACAUCUGUUUAAUAUUAGGAAACGAUGCCUUACAAAAAGUUAAGUGAUUAUAGAGAAGUUUUAUAUUGUGUUGAUUUCAGUGAUAACGAUUAGCACUAAGGCGUAAGCGGCCUUCGGCCACACUCACAAACCUUCGGAACAAUUUAAGAACUUAGUUUGUAAUGAACCGUCGUGGCAAUCUUCUAAUUAACAUAAAGAGUAUAAUUUAUUUAAAAUAAAGUAUAAUAUGUAUUAGAAAUUUUAGAUUUACUCAACAUUAAACUUAGUGCAAAUUAUUGUGGAAAUCAAUCGAAGACUAUUUAUAUGGGUUUUUAAUUAUUAUUAUUAUAUAGGAGAUGAGCAUAAAAUAUUGGAUGAAUUUAUUAAUUAAAAAUAGUUAGCAAAAUACAAAUACGGUAAGACUCGUUCGAGGUUCGUCUGUCAAACGUGCACGCGUCGGCGCCGGCGCGAGCGCCGCAGCGGCUGCUAUACAUAUACAUACAUACAUGUAUCUUGUAAUGUUUAUGGAAUAAUAUUUUAAUCAUGGCUUAACUGUAGUACUGUUGUGUAGUUAACCUUUCGACUCUUGUUUGUAUUACUUUAUAUUAUAGUGUACGCGGUUUUUAUAUGUGUAUGUUUAUUCUGUAGUAUAAUAAUACAUAUACCUAAAGGAAACAUGUUUGUGUAAAAGUGUAUUUUGGUAUUUGAUAUCUCGCCGUCGACUCGCUCGACGCGACUCAUUAUACUACUUAUAUUUAUGAUCGUAAUUGACUAAUUAUACAAGAGACCCCUAGUGUUAACUUUAGGUUAGCCGAGACUAAGUUGACCUCUACGCGACUGUUUAGUUCUGCAUUUAAUGUACCCGCGAAGUCGAUUUACUGUAGUCUUUUCGAAACUUAUUUUAAAAUGCAGGUAUUAUUAAUAUACAACCUCAUAUUUAUACUAGAAUUUAAAUAUAAAUGUAAUUAUGAGACCCAUUUUAUCGUAAAAUAAUAUGCACGGGCUUUACAGUUAAUUAUAACAUUAAUUAUUAUAAAAAAACUUAGGGCAAGUUGUUAUUUAUUUCUGUUUUAAUUAAAAAAAUGAUGUUGAUUAUUUUUAAACUAUGAUUUCUUAAUAGUGAAUUAAAGUACAUAAUUCUCGAUUGAUUAGAUUACAAAAUUGUUAGGUGAAGUAUCGACUGAUGUACAAUAUUUAAAGUAAUAUUUACUUACGGCAGUAUAUAAGUUUAUUUACGCCGCCCUGCGCGGGCUGUAUUUAUACAGACUUGUAUUAAUUUCCUAAAAUGUAUGAGAGCGUCGCCUGCCGACCGGCAACCUCUCCACAUGUAAGCAUGUUACGAUGGUAAGACUAUUAUCUAGAUGUGUUAUAAUGUUAAUGUAACUACAUACUUACUAUAGCUAGCCCUAGCGACGAGUGCAUUGCGUCAGCCUAGUAGCCGCGCCGCGGCCUACAUAAGUUACUUUAUGUUCGUUAUAUAAAAAGGAAAAUUAUGAUAGACUCACUCGAGAGAACGCCCUUGUUGUUCUUUUUACAUUACCUAAUGAUAAUUAGUUAAUUACGGUUCUAAUUAUUAAUAUUAUUAAUUUAACCGAAACUCUAAAAUAUUAAGACGAAAAGCUUGUAAGCUACUAAGUAUUUGAUGUAAUAAUUAAAGUGCUAUCACAGAAUAUAACACUGGUCUUUUGAAGUAGAAAUUAUGCAUUAUUCAUAUUAGGUAUUUUGGGUAUAUAUUAGUGUUAGAUUUAACUGGUAAAUAUAAGUACGUAGUUUGUAAUUGUAAUGAAAAAAAAAACAGUUUUGUCGUAGUUUCCUAUUAUUAAGCUUCUUCUAUCUUAAUGAAUUAAAUAAUACUACUGGUUGAUUAAUUAAAAUAUUAAUAUUAUCUACCACUGCAAAUAUUUGAGAUAUCUUAUGAUGAAAUAUAUAUCUACUUUAAGGACAUUAUAAAACGUAGAUAAUUAAAAGAAAUCAAAAAAUUCAAAAUAAAA